AUGGAUUUUGUAUCGGCGGCGGCUAAACUUAGUUUCUUAAACCCUACUUCCAUUUUUGGUUGGAAUUCGAAUGGAAGUAGUGGUGGUUUGCUUGUUUUAGGAUGGUCUAAUGAUGUAGUAAAAUGUUUAUUUUCCUCAAAAAAAUUUAUCUUAUGUAAUAUUUAUGCUAUUAAUGGAAGUAUCAAGCAUGUGCUUUUCCUCUAUGGAGAACCUCAAGUAGGAAAUAGGAAAUUGAUAUGGGAACAACUUCAAUGGUUCUUAGAAGAAUUCAAAAAUGUAUUAGUUAUAGGAGAUUUCAAUCAACUAGAAAGCGGAAGUGAUAAACUAGGAGGAUCAACCCGAAUAAGAGGGUUAGAUGAUUUUCUGGAUUGGAGGUUUAGUAGCAAUGUUUCAGAGGUGCCUUUCUCGGGUCCAAGAUUCACUUGGAGUAAUAUGAGAGAGGGAAGUGAACUCAUUCUAGAACGUCUAGAUCGAGCCUACAUUACCGAAGAAUGGUUCAAUCAUUCACCGAAUGGGAAAGUAAUUCAUGAACCAAUUGCAUGCUCCGACCAUGCGGCAAUUACCUACUAUGCUACCCCCAAAACAACUUCAUCAAAUAGACCAUACCAAAUUGAAAGUUGGUGUCUCUCUUUUCCUGACGUUAUAGGGAUUGUUCAAAACUCUUGGAGGGAGGAAGUUCAGGGCUCGCACAUGUUUCAACUUUCUAGGAAGCUAGAAUGGGUGCGAUCGAGACUGCAACAAUGGUGUCUGGUUAACAAGAAAAGUUGGGGUAUUAAUUGGAGAAAGAUGACAAAGUUUCUCCAAGUCUCAGGGGAAAACAUAACCUCGUUGCAGGAGGGAGAGAAUUACAUUCAGUGUAUUAAUUCAAUUAUUCCAGAAAGCAAGCUGGGUUACGCUUUCUGGAGACAGAGAAUGAAGACUAAUGGGAUUAGAUUCGGGGAUUGUCCAACUUCAGUAAUGUAG